AUGCAAAUCUUCGUUCGUGGUGCUGCGGAGCUUUUACCACUCGAUCUUGAAAAAGACGAUACCGUUCAAGAUAUUCGCGAAUAUGUUGCUGAAGAAUACGAUAUUGAAAUCGAUGAGCUUGUUUUAAGCUUCAACGGCACACCAUUAAAUGACGAACAAACUGUUGAACAAUUCGGUCUUGUAUCCGGUUCAACACUCGAUGCUACUGCCAAACUUUUUGGUGGUAAAGUCCACGGUUCAUUAGCGCGUGCUGGUAAAGUCAAAGGACAAACGCCAAAGGUAGCUAAACAAGAAAAGCGCAAGAAGAAAACUGGUCGUGCCAAACGUCGUCUUCAAUACAAACAACGAUUCGUUAACAAGGUUGCUGGAUUCGGUCGUCGUCGUGGACCAAAUUCCAAUCAACCAGCUUCAACAUAA